AUGACUGACGCAAUGCGCACGAAGAAACAAGAAGGGUUAGCCCUCGCAGAUGAUACGAAAGCGUUUAUAGACAACCCGAAAGACGAGUUAUUUAUUCGAUUUCGGAAGGCGAUUGAUUACUAUGAUUUAUAUCGUUCCUUCUCAUUAUAUUUCUUUAAAGAUAAGACGCUGGACAAGUUCAAUAAGAAGAAGGAAAUUCUUCAGAAGAACAAAGAUUUCAACACGGCUUAUGUUGACUUUAGUGAUCGGUAUUCAGCAUUGCGGGACGUCUAUAUCCAAGUCAAGCCAGAAGAUGCUGAGAGUCCAGAGAAGUCUAUAACAAGUCCUGAGACGCAAGAGAAGUUUAUUAGUGAUUUAAAGGGGUGUGCCCCCAUCUUAAAUGCGAUGAUGAUACGUGGAAGUACUUUAAUGAAAGACAUCUCAAACUCUUAUGGGGAGACGCCCGACGCGACGAUUUAUAAGAACUUCUCUGCGAUCUUUGAGAUGUUCUUAUUAAAGGAAUUAGAGAGGGAAUACCCUCACAAGACUAUUAAUACUACAGAGAAGCUUAUAGAGAAGCUCUUUAAAUAUCAGAAGCGCGUCUUGACGAACACUAAAGAGCUUAAUUUGUAUUGGAAUAAGUUCUUUAGUACUUACGAGGAGGUAGCUGAGCGUGUGAAUGGUGUUCUAUUAGAUCGGAUUAAGUUAAAAUACGACAACAUUAAACGCGUUGAAAUGGUCAUGGGACAAUGUUUGAAAAUGACUCAAGACCAAAUCGACCCGAUUACCGUCUUACCGUUCACAUUAAAUGAACCCCAAUUACUCUCCACAGUGAAAACACUUGAAAUGUAUAUGUUACAGCAACGCGAUGCAAUCACUCUACUUGCGUCGACGUACCCGGAGCUCUUCAUAUUAAAGUGCUUUAAAGAGACGCGCGACAACACUAUACGAGAAAAGAAUGAAACUUUGAUGAAAGAUAUGAUGGAGGGGUAUACCGCCUUUACAGCUGCUUGUAAGUCCCCGGAGAACGAGAAAUACAAAUUUCUGUUUGAUCCGACGAACGUCGAUAAUUACAAGACGCGGCAACGGGCGGAAAAGUUCUCAGUCUUUCUUGGGCUUCGGCUACUGAAAACGGAGGACGUGCUGACGGAAGCCUUUGUGAAUGACUUCUGUUCAUAUUUGCAUUACACGUACAUGUCUUUUGUUAAAGACAAUAAGGACAACUUGAUCACCAAUUUGGAGCACACGAAUAAAACGGUGAUUGCGGGGGGGAUGUUACACCCCCAAUCUUCAGUAGCUGAGUAUUUUAUGAUGAUUCGCGAGAUCAUUUAUAAACCGCUGUUCAAGGCAUCGACGUUGUUCUUGACGAAAAAGAAGGACCUUGAAAAUGGGAUAGUGGGGAAUUCGUUAUUUGUGGUGAAUGGAUUUAUAGAGGAAGACACGAAGCGGAUGAUCGAGUUUAUGUUGGGGCCGUUCACCCGAGACGAAGGAUUUAAAAAGCGAGUAGAGCAGAAGACCAAUUUAGAGGUGGAGAAGUACAAAAAGGCGAAUGAAGCGAAAUUUUUUAUAUAUAAAGUGCGGCAGAAUAUCAAAAAUUGUGUGGAGGCGAACAUCACGGCGGACUAUCAUAAAAUCAUUACACAGCAAGUGAAUAGGAAGUACAAUGUGAAGAAAAGAACGGAGUCGACGUUACUUGGGAAUAUGACGAUUAAUAAAAAGAAAGUGCGUGGCGUCUGCUUUUCGACGAAAGACACGAUGAAGAAGUUGUAUGUGAAGGACUACGAGAUGCAGUGGAAUAAGUUGCAUGAACUGCAUGAGAUGAAUGAGCCAGACAAAAAAGGGGAGAAAAGUGACUUUGAAGUGAUUACCUCAGCAGACCAAGUCCUUCCAAAGCCGAAAAAAGAGGAAGAAGAAGAGAGCAGUGAUGACAGUGAGAGUCAAGGAGGGACUUCUUGUUCAAGAUGUGUACAUAAUAGUAAUGUGUUGGUAAAUCAAAAGAAUACAACUUCGAGUUCUGAAGCAACUGAAACGGACGAACCGUCGAGUGUGUUAAGUAGUGUCAACACAAGUGCGUCGUCUUCUUUCAAUUUUGGGAAUUCAAGUUGCCGCGUCUUAGGGCAAGGCCCGACGUUGGCACAGUUUGGCGCCACUCAAAAUGCUGGCGGAGAGAACGAAACUAUACUUAAUAGUAAUAAUACUAUUGAGUUAGUUGUCCGCAUAGUCGAGCCUUAUAUCGGCAAGUAUCAGCCGAAACACCCUCAAAAUGUCCCAUAUUUUUCACCGGUAUAUUUAGAUGAGAACAAAGAGGAGGAAUUGAGUGCCGAUUUAAUACAAUAUUUGACGUGGAAACUUGAAGGAGAGAAGUCUGAAUAUAAGGAGAUAGGGAUAGCGGAGAUCGACGAGUAUUAUAAAGGAGUUUAUGACAAAGCCGUUGCAAGUGCGGAGGAGAAUAUGACGGAGGAAGCAAAGGAAGCGAUUAAAGUUCUCAUUCGAAUGGUCAAGGAAGGGAAGGAAACGGUCGAGAAGGAACUUGUGGAGAAGCAAAAGCAGAUGGAGGAGGAGCGUGUCAAACAUAUUAAAGCAGAGAAGGUUGAAAACGCUAAACGGAAAUUGGAGUACAUGAAGAUGGCAAUGAAUAAGGACCCAAGAUUUAGAAAGGAAGUCCAGGAGAUGCCAAAUACCUACAUCAAAGAAUCACCAAAACCAAAGACUAGAGCAAGACAAAGUGUCCAACCAAAGGUCGAACAAGUCCCUGUACCUGUCUUGGAACAUUCAAAUAGUGACGGGAAGAAUAUCGAGGGGUAUGCUAUCGACAGGAAAAAAGAUGAAAAAAGUCGACAAACAGCAGAAAAUUGUGAUACACAAACAGAAAUGAAAGUCGAGAAGAAACAAGAGAAGAAAGCAACUACGGGAUUGGCUAUGGAACAAAAGAUUUGA